AUGGAUGCCGCCUCCGAACUCGAAGCAGGUCGCCAUGGGAUGCUUCCAGAAACUGUAAAUGAAAAUGAAAGCGACGAGGGCCACAGAAACGCCCCCCACAACUCUCCCCCCUCCGAGCAGACACAUCCAGAAAGCAAAAGCUCCAAUAGUCAAGGAAAUAUCAACACCAAAUUCGUCUCAUCUGAAGAACUUUCCCACAACCUGCCACCGGGCUGGGCUGGAAUUGCAGCCCUACAAAGCCUGUCGGACAAUCUAAGCUGCCACCGUCGAUUCAACACCCUCUGGCACCGAGUCCUCAUCGACGAGCAGAUCAAGAUAACCAAACUGGAAGAAGAACUAGCCCGGCUCGACGAAGACGACCACACGAAGACGAGCCCAUGGAUGCGGAGGGAGACGCUCGAUACAUUUCGGUGCUCACAUCCGCAUUGUUGCAAACACGCCCCGUACGCUGCUAAAGGCCAGCUAAACGAAAAGAAGUACGACUCGUCGUCAACACUACGAUCGGAGCCGAUCUGCGAGAUGGGGAAAGAGGAUCUCAAGGCUCACCUCAUACAAGAAAUUGGCCCAAGACUGAAGCGCUACUCGGAGUAUCUGCUUGCACACCAUCAGGUGGAAAGACUACCACACAUGGAGCGCAUCGAUUACAACAACUACUACCGCACCCUGAGGGAGAAGCAACUCAUGCCCGAAACCGACGACGGCAGGUAUCUUUACUACCGGGACGACUACCUGAGGACGAAAGCGAGCGGGGUGGAUGAGAGUUUCGCGUUUAUCUUGCACGGCUACUCGAUUGUCUCUCGCAUCUUCCGCUGGCUCUUCACCGACAACUCCUACGCCGACAGCAACCGCGACAUCACCAAGUUCCUCUACGUCAGCGGGAUACAGAAGCUGCAUCGGGGGCUACUGGCCAUAACCUGCGGCGUCAUCCUGCUCGUGCCCAUCGGCAUCCUGCUGCUGAUGCCCCUUUCCAAACCGGCGUCGCUCGCUGUCGUCAUUUGCUUCGGCGCCGCGUUUGUGCUCGUCAUGGUGUUGUUGGAUAAGCAGCUCGAUACUAUGUUAGUUGGGUUCUCGGCCUAUGCCGCUGUGCUGGUUACGCCUUGGUGUAUCGAGGACAAACUUGAUCAGAUGAACUUCGAAGAGGAAGAGAAUGGCGGCACGUCACAGAUAUGCCUGCCCUUUGAUCGCGAGCAGUUCUUGACCCGCUGCAUGAGCGGGACCGCGCAUACGCUCCCAGCACAGUCCCCCGAACCGGACGGAGGUGGACUCGACCGCGCGACGCAGAUGGAGAAUCUCAUUCUGACGGGGCAAAUCAUCGAGAGGGACCACCUGACUGCACUCUCACUACGAGAAGAAGAAGUUCGCCCGCGACUCGCGGCGCGCGCACGAGGCGCACUUCGGCAUACUGCGCGGCGGGGAGUACGGUCUCGACGACGAGGUGUCACCCGCGGCUUCUCCCUCCUCCACAAAACCACCUUAUCCCUCUUCGCCCCGCUCCUCCUCGCAAUCCCCACCUCCAUCCCCUUCCUCGCCGACGACGGCCUCUCGCUCGCCGAGUACCUGAUCGUCGCCGUGUGCUCUCGACCCUUGUCUUCGGGGGGCGCCAUGACCGCCUGCGAGCCGCCGACCAUCCACCUACUGCUCGGCGUCCCGGCCUUCUUCGCCGUGCGGGCAUCUUUCUUGUCGAAUUUGCGGGAUUUUAGGGUUCGUUUAGGUGGAGGGUAAGGAUUAAGUAAGGCAAAGUGCCUAAGAACUGAUAACCCCUAUUCCUACUUGGAGCACCUAAGUAGGUAGGUACCGAGGCAGGCAGGUUAUGUGGAGGAAAGCCAGCCAAAGAAGUUCUGGCUUGAAUAACGCACCUGCGGGGUGACAAAACGUGAGUACCAUCGUAUCUCUCUUGAUGAGCCCAACAUCAACCUCAACAUUAACAACGAUAUAGGCAUUAGCCCCGUCUAAGUACGUACACGAUAAGUCUAGCCCCUCAACACUGCCUAGGUAGGUAAUUACCUAUGCUAGUACCUAUAUACUAGGUACGCUUCUACCUAGCACCCUUCACUAAACCCUCAUAGUUGCCCACCACCCCUAUCCCCUAUCCGACUCAGACUUCG